AUGGCUGUCUCCGCACCUCCGGUGAUCUCUGCAACUUCCAGCGGUGCCGGCGUCCCAGGGGGCUUAUUUCGGGCAGAGACCUUGUACUCGACUCCCGGGGAGCCUCCCCGUCUCACCCCUAAUAUGAUCAACAGUUUCAUGGCCAAUAACCACAGCGGCAGCGCCGGGGGUGGCGGGAUCGGUGGACCCAGCGGAGGCAGCGGCAACACUAACACCGAGUGCAGGAUGGUCGACAUGCAUGGUGUGAAGGUGGCUUCGUUCCUGAUGGACGGUCAGGAACUGAUUUGCCUGCCUCAAGUCUUUGAUCUCUUCCUCAAGCACCUGGUGGGAGGGUUGCACACGGUGUACACCAAGCUGAAGAGACUGGACAUAUCCCCCGUAGUGUGUACUGUGGAGCAGGUCCGGAUCCUCCGCGGUCUGGGGGCCAUCCAGCCUGGGGUGAACCGCUGCAAACUUAUCACCAGAAAAGACUUCGAAACUUUGUUCACCGAUUGCACCAAUGCCAGAAGGAAGAGGCAAAUGACAAGAAAACAAGCUGUUAACAGUUCCAGGCCUGGCAGGCCUCCUAAGCGUUCUUUGGGAGUUUUGCAGGACAAUGCUCACCUUCUGCCCCAUUCAGUCCCCGGCCUUUUAUCACCAGGACUUAUCACUCCAACAGGUAUAACAGCUGCAGCAAUGGCUGAGGCAAUGAAACUGCAGAAGAUGAAACUUAUGGCAAUGAACACUCUUUCGGGAAAAGGAAACCAAAAUGGGACCGAAUCGGAGCCUGAUGAUCUUAAUUCUAAUACUGGUGGAAGUGAAUCCUCCUGGGAUAAGGAUAAGAUGCAAUCUUCUCUUGCUGCUCCUGGACCCCAACAUGGACUUGCUCAUGCAACCCUUGCUAGCCAGCCAAGUCUUGGGGGUGCUCCUACCCUCAAUCCACUGCAGCAGAACCAUUUACUGACCAAUAGACUGGAUCUGCCAUUUAUGAUGAUGCCUCAUCCCCUACUUCCAGUCAGCUUACCUCCUGCAUCAGUUGCCAUGGCAAUGAAUCAGAUGAACCAUCUUAAUACUAUUGCCAACAUGGCUGCUGCAGCCCAGAUUCACAGUCCACUCUCCAGAGCUGGGGCCUCUGUUAUAAAGGAAAGGAUCCCAGAGAGUCCUUCUCCUGUUCCCUCUCUGGAAGAGAAUCAUCAUCCUGGGAGUCAGACUUCCUCCCACCCCAGCAGCAGUGUGUCCAGCUCUCCCUCUCAGAUGGAUCACCAUUCAGAGAGGAUGGAAGAAGUAUCAUUUCAAAUUCCAAUGAUGAAGUCACCCUUGGACAAGAUCCAACUGACUCCUGGGCAGGCAUUGCCUCCUGGAUUCCCUGGACCGUUCAUUUUUGCUGAUAGUCUGUCCUCCGUGGAGACUCUGUUGACCAACAUUCAGGGCCUACUGAAAGUGGCUUUGGAUAAUGCUCACAUCCAGGAGAAGCAGAUUCAACAAGAAAAAAAGGAACUGCGAAUGGAGCUCUAUAGAGAGAGAGAAAUUAGAGAAAACCUUGAAAGACAGCUCGCAGUUGAGCUUCAAAGCAGAACUACCAUGCAAAAGCGUCUGAAGAAGGAGAAAAAAGCCAAGAGAAAAUUGCAGGAAGCCUUGGAAUUUGAAUCAAAGCGCCGGGAACAAGUGGAACAAGCACUUAGGCAAGCCACUACUAGUGACAGUGGCCUGAGGAUGUUGAAAGAUACUGGAAUUCCAGACAUUGAAAUAGACAACAAUGGGACUCCUCAUGAGAGUACUGCUAUGCAAGGAGGUAACUAUUACUGUUUAGCAAUGGCACAACAGUUUUAUUCAGCCUGAAAGGUCCCCGCUGGCUUUACAUAAAUGAAGAUGCUUGUGAUUCCAGUUUAUCUCUGAAACUAUUCAACAUGGAAUAAUUUCAAUUGUGUUUAUCAGCAAAGCUUUGUUUACUGAAGCAUCUAUUCAGUCUAUAUUACGUUAAAAUAGGAACAUGUGUACAGCUUAAAUGCAAUGAUGUAAACUUUGUCCUUGCAUUUGAUUGAUCAGUUUAAGAAUAUGAGCUAAAUCCUAAUGGGUAAAGUAACCUGACCAUAUGUGAUGCUUUUCUACACUCCCUUCAGCUUGGUUUUUUGUCUUUUAAGGAAGAAAAUGCAGUAGUGUGUUAGAGACUCGAAACACAUGUAUGGUUUCUCUGUUCUGACAUAUAUUAAGUUAAAGUGCACCUUCUUUGUUAAAAAUGUACUUGCUAAAUUUCAGUAUAAAUAAAAACAU